AUGUUCAGCCGCAUCCGACGGCUCGGCGUACUCUCCCUUGCUGCCCUCUUCUUUGGAGGGGCUAUCUUAAUAUUUACUGCUGUCAACGGCCUUUUCGGCCCAGCCACGGUCAAGGGCAGGUCUACCAUCGACGACAGGAUGAGGGUUUUCCAAUAUGGUUCGCAGUCGAGCGUCCAAGCUUGGAUCGCUAUUGUCGGCGUUGGAUUUGGACUAUUGUCCUACGGCUUCAACGAGGCUUACACCCAUCUAUUCGACUGGUGGUGUAGCAGAAGGGCCCAACGCGGCGACGGACUCGAGUACGGGCUGUACCUGAACUCCCAGCCUCGAGCACCUGUUCUGUAUGGCCGUCGAGGUUUUACCGGGCUCAUCACACUACGGUACCUGUUUAUCACAGCGUCUAUUGCGGCUUCAAUAGGAUAUAAAUUUGGCAUCUCCCAGACAGGCCUUUUUUUCGAAGGACCAGUUGAUGCAGAAAAACUGUCACUCUCCUCCCCAAGCAUCUCCAAACCCGGCUACCAUGGCGAGUUCAGUCCCUGCAUUGCCGACAACACAGAUAACGAGCAAAAUCGGGGCUUUUUCUAUUCGGAUUCCGAAAAAGCUGAGCCGCCUGACAGCAUCACCAUGACGGGGCUGCUGGAAUGCUUGGAUGGCUCGACCGAUUCAGUGUCCUUUGGGCUUCUCCGCACUGGAGAGGUUGUCAUGGUCGCCGAAAAGACGGAAGUUGAGGGGGACUUCACCAUGACGAGGGAUACUGAUGGCUGGCGGCGAAGCUAUACCGAUGGUAAUUUUUGGCUGGCAUCGAAAGGCUCACGAGUGGUGGUAGACUGGACUGUGCCCCAAGCCGACGUUGUCAUGAUACAAUGGGCGGACUACGCCCCUUGGCUCGAGGGCCCGGAUAACGACCUUACCGUGGAGCGCCGCAUUUCCUACAAAAUGCACUUCGCUGUUGCGGAGGUGGAAAGAGUAGUAGAGGGGUGGUUCUGUUCCAGUCUGUCGUACCAUGAUCCCAGAGUCAUCUCCGAUGAUUACAAGGCCGCCAUCCCCGAAGGAGACGAUGAUUCCUUGGUACCUGACCUUGAAAUUAUGGACUGGCCGGUGCCCUUGAUAUCUUACUGGGGCCAAUAUCCCCGCAGGGGCGUGAGUAGUAUUGUCCAGGUCGCCAUGGCAAGACUGCUAUCAAACUUCGACACGCUUCCACUGAAGUUUGUACCAGGUGUGAGCCAUCCAUUCGAGUCCGGGAAGGGUAAUCAAUCACAAGUAGAUGAUAAGCAGACGGAAUAUUUUGCGUUCCCAUACCUAAACGGAAAUGGAUUGUCAGGGACAGGGAUAUGGAUCUCCGCAGCGAGGGUGUUCAUGGGAAUUGGGUGCUUUUCUGUUGUAGUUGGAUUCAUACGCAUAUUUGUUGGCCCUCCUGUACUCACGUCUUGGAUGGCACAGCAUAUCUACUUGGCCCAGAGCGGAGCCCUCACCGUUUCGGUGUCCCAAGAAGGUCUGCUCACGGGCUAUGAGGGUGCGGACAAGGCGUUUGGCAGGCUAAGGCUGCCCAAGGAGGGUCGUGGGCUAGGUCGGGAGUGGGAGCGUUAA